UUCUUUGUGUCACUUUGAUCAUAGUUUUGAUUCGUAUUGAGAGCACAAAAAGAUAGAGCCAGAUUUGGUGAAUAAUAUAAGCGGCCAUAAAUCACACAAUCUUGGGUCUCCGACAAGUUCAGAAUAUCACUCAGAUCAGAGCCAAAAGUGUGUGCUGAUGUGUAUGACUAAACUCUAUUCAUUCAUAUAUAAAUAUGGCAGAAGAGGUGCUCGUUACUCAUUCUAGUAAUUUCGAUGGUGGCUACGAAUCAGAAAUGUGCCGUCUGUGAGCGCUUCACAACUGAGUUUAAUUAUGGAGUACCUUCCUGCAACGCGUGUAAAAUUUUCUUCCGCCGACUAAUCACGCGAACAACUCCCGUCAAAAAAUGCUACCUGGGAGAAAACUGCUUCACGAAAACCCCAAUAACCCAAAAAUGUGUAUUUUGCCGAUUUCAAAAGUGCAUUCAAGUGGGAAUGACUCUCCCAUCCUAUCUUCACUUUGGCGAACAGACCAAAGAAAAGUGCCUAGAUUCAACGAUUCAGAAUCUGAUGCUCUUGGAUGCUCAUCGAGAGGAUUUGAUGGCAAACUACCACACGAGCUACCUGGAUCCAACUAUCGAUGAAGUGAUAAGAAUCAAUAAAGUCGAUUAUAUAAGGAAAUCUCAAAGUCAUCAACUGAAUUUCUACAACUGGGCAUUCCACUGCUCCCUUGUUACCGUAGAUUUCAUGAAGAAAUUCCCGUUUGUAAACCUUCUAAGAUUUGAGGACCAGAAGUAUCUGCUAAAAGAGUUUUAUAUAAAGCUCAUCGUGUUUAUCAGCUCAAAACGGUCAAUGUCACGUGGAAAAGAAUGUAUGACAUUUCCCGAUGGCUCAGACGUUUUACCACCGGCGUCUUCGGAAUGGCAUAUAUCGAAAAUCUCUCCAAAUUUGGAAAAUAAGAUUAGAUGUCGGCUGAUUGGACGGUUGAGCGAGCUUCGGAUCACUGAUGAGGAGUAUCUGUUGAUGUGUGUGCUGAUAUUUUGUAAUCCAUCUCUAUCGCAACUCUCCGAAAACGGAAGACGACUCCUGACCUCCUACCAGCACCUCUACAGCUCGGCUCUUCUACAAUAUUGCCUUCUCACUUACGAAAAAGCUGGACCAGCAAGAUUCGCGGAGCUACUCGGAAUUUGCCACGUCAUUGGAGUUCAGUACGACGACGCGAUUCACUAUAACGUCCUGGUGCAAUUGACAAAGGCUCGGCUAGAUGUGAAGCAACUUAUCAAGGACGGAAUGGACGCAGCGUUUUGUAAUUGAAAUGUGUUGUAUUAUUUUUACAAAUAGACUUUAUUGAGUUUAAGUUUUAGUAACAGCUAUAAUUCUACAGUAAUUCCUCACUCCCGUUCACAUAUCAUUAAUGAUCACUACAAAGACAAUAUUCGUAUUUUUUUUGUCUCAUAUAAAAUAUUAUAUAGAAUAAAAGUUGACGUAUCA